AUGACAACUCCGUCACGAAGUAGUCUUGGCCGCGCCCGCAAUAACCUACCGGGACGUCUUGAGAUCCCGUCACCAAUGACACCGUCACCUUCUUCCUCAGCACCAUCUUCUCUUUCUCCCCUCAUUGUACCAACAUCAAAUACACCAAAUGCUAAAGUCUCCGCAGCUCAAAUUACUAAUGAAAUUAGGUCACAGAUUUUAAAGGUACAACCAAGUGACGGCGAAUAUGGAAACGGAGACGAAGUUCCCGUGAUUAUGCCAACGCCUGAAGCUGAAGGUUCACAACUGAAACCUGAAAAUUUUACAGAUUUACAGCGGCUGGGUGAAGGGGCUGGUGGUACUGUGAUAAAAGUUCGUUAUAUCCCUACACAAAAAAUUAUGGCGAAAAAGAAAAUCAAUGUUGAUCCAGAGCCAAUGUUUCAUCGCCAAAUUCUACGAGAACUCGAAUUUCUUCAGCAAUGUCACUCGCCAAAUAUUGUUUCAUAUUACGGGGCAUUUUUAGAGGAUCAAGGCUCAUCAAUUGCUAUUAUUAUGGAAUUUUGCGAGGGCGGUAGUCUAGAUGCAAUCUACAAGACCGUUAGCGUGAGGAAAGGACGUAUUAGCGAAGACGUGUUAGGGAAAAUUGGCGAGUCGGUGCUUAAAGGGCUUGUAUAUCUUUAUAAUCAUGACAUUAUUCACAGAGAUAUCAAACCUUCCAAUAUUCUCGUGACAAGACAAGGAGAAAUUAAAAUUUGCGAUCUCGGUGUUUCCGGUAAACUAGUACAAUCUAUAGCCUCGACAUUUUUGGGUACUAGUUAUUACAUGGCUCCCGAGAGAAUUACAGGCAUGCCAUAUAGGGUUUCUGCGGAUGUAUGGUCACUCGGACUAACCAUAAUGGAAGUAGCGCAGAACCGAUUUCCCUAUCCAGUGUUAUCACCAAUCGAGCUGGUCGCACAUAUUGCGAAUGCACCAGCGCCUGAACUAACUAACGAAUAUGAGUGGAGCGAGGAUCUCAAGUCGUUUCUCAAAUUUUGUUUAGAGAAAGAGAGUUUAAAACGCCCAACUCCUAAACAAAUGCUGCUUCAUCCGUUUAUUCAACGAGUUGCAAUGAAACAGGUGAAUCUACAAGAAUGGAUUAAGGAUGUUUGGGAUUGGAAAGACUAA